UAAUUUUUCGCUCCUCUUUUCCCUGAAAUCCUUUCCGGCCAUGGCUUUUCCCCCCAUGUCUCCAUCUUCUACAGAAGGGAUUAUAACGCCGCACGUUCGUCCCCCAUCAAACGUGCUCGACCUUCAUAUUACCGUUGUCUCUGCUAAGCACCUCAAGAACGUCAAUUGGCGCCAUGGGGACCUCAAACCCUAUGCCAUCUUCUGGCUUGAUCCCGAUCGCCGAUUGGCCACCAAACCUGACGAGUCGGGAUCAAUUCGCCCCGUCUGGAACGAACGCUUUACUCUCCCCAUCAACCUUCUCUUCCUAGACCCUGUCCUCACUCUCGAGAUCUUCCACUCUAAACCCUCCGAAACGCCGAAGCCCCUCGUCGGAACCCUACGGUUCCCUCUUAAGGAUCUGCCCGAAACCGACAAUUUUAACCUCAUCAGGACCUUUGAGCUCCGCCGUCCCUCCGGUCGUCUCCAAGGUAAGAUUCGGUUGAAGCUCGCCAUUCGUGAACCCCCUCCUUCGCCGGUGCCGGAUUACCAUACAACUCCUUCUCCGAGCUAUUAUUACUCCAGUGCUCCGCCUCCUCCUCCUCCUUCGCGUGAGUACAGGGGAUACAUUCCUUCUCUGCCUGCUCCGCCGCCGCCUCAGUAUCCCUACGGCAGUUACUCAGACCCGUAUUCUGGGUAUUACGCGGGAUACUAUUCUCAGCCUCAACCACCGCUUCGGCCGUUAUUCGACCGUGUGUCUGGUUAUGGUGGGCCGAGUGGACCCUCAGCACCAUCGUACGAUCAUAAGCAGAAGGGAAGCAGGAUGGGAGUUGGUACUGGUUUGGCUGUUGGAGCUGUUGUGGGGGCUUUAGGAGGGCUUACUUUGGAAGAAGGGUUGAAGUGCGAGGAGGAGAAGAUUGCAGAGAGGGUCGAGAGCAACUUUGCUACCAGGGACGAUUACAGUGAGUAUCAUGGUGAUUACUGAGUCUUCUGGGUUCACUGCUUUCUACUAGUAGGGUUUGGUCUCUUCUGAGUUCUGAGGAGAUGAAGUCGACUCACGGAGUCGAUUUUAGGAUAUAAUGCAUCUUUAUAGCAUCUUUAUAUAUAUAAAAUGUGU